AUGAAAAAUCAUUCCUGUGCAUUUUUUGUGGAUCGAGCAAUUUCAUUUGAAAGUUUAUUUAUUCAAAAAGAGGAAUACAAACUAAUUGAUGAAUUUCGUCGAAAAGUUCCUUUAACAACGUAUGAAGAUUAUCGUGAUUAUAUUGAUCGAAUGAUUCAACACGGUGAAAAACAUUUACUCACUACGAAUUCAAUAAUUUAUUAUGGAACAAGUUCUGGAACAACAUCGAAAGUGAAAUAUCUUCCAUUAACAUCAACAAUGACUAAAAUCUACAUAAUGUUGGCACGUUUAGGAACUUCUGCUAUUUGGAGAUCACUUUCAACUUCAUAUCCUUGUCCUGAACAACGAUGGUUUCAUUUAUACAUUGGAAAGAAAUCAAAGAAAUUUCCAAGAUCGAAAGAUGGAAUACCUAUGGGACCUGUUACUCAAAUCUCUUCAGCUGUUUCAUAUAUUCCAGGAAUGAACAUUGUUUUAUCUACUUUUAAUACUUUAUCGGUGAAUUUAAUUGAAAAUAUUGAAGAUUUCGAAACAAGUGCACUUGUUCAACUUAUCUUCGCAUUAGCAGUUCCCGAUCUUUUCUCAUAUACAAUUCUUUUUGCUCCGACAUUUAUUCAUUCAAUGAAAAUUAUCGAAGAACAUUUUCAAGAGAUUUGUCAAUGUAUUUCUUCGUGCAAUGUCGAUCAAAGUUCUGUUAUUCGAAAUAAUCUUCAUGAUCGAAAAGUUCGACAAACGUUAAAUGAAUCAUUAAAUGAAUUAACAAUGGAAUACGGAGGAUUUGUUUAUCGACAACAACGUGCAGAACACAUUCGAAAUGAAUGUUUAAAGAAAGAUCAUUGUGGUUUACUUCAUCGUCUUUGGCCAACAUUAGUUUUUGUAUCAACAGCAAUUGGAUCUUCAUUUGUUAUGUAUAAAAAUCAAAUUGAAUCUUAUUGUGGAAAGAAAUUACCUUUGAUCAAUGUGGUUAUCUAUUGUGCAAGUGAAGGAUUUUUUGGUUCUCUCGCUUCUAUUUAUACAGAUGAAUAUAUUCUCUCUCCAAUAUCUGUCUUUUUUGAAUUUAUUAAAGAAGAAGAUAUUCACGAAACACAACCAAAGACUCUUCUCAUCUCUGAAAUUACACCUGGACAUCGAUAUGAAUUGGUAAUUACAACUGAAGCUGGUCUUAAUCGAUAUCGUAUGGGUGAUGUGAUCAAUUGUACAAGAUUUCUUUCUCGAUCAGAUGAUUUAAUUCCAUUACCAUUGGAAUUCGAAGUCAUUCCUCGAAUACCUUUGAUCUCAGUUGCAUAUCGUAUUGGAAGUUUAUUAGAUGUUUUUGGAGAGAAAACAACAGAAGAACAUGUUUUACAUGCUUUGACAGAAACAGUUCAUCAAUGGAAAAAUCAACGAUUAUCAGUUGAUCUAUGUGAUUUCACCACUUAUCCAAGAUUAGAUGUAUUUCCACCAAGAUAUGUGAUCUUUUUAGAAUUAUCCGAUGAACAUUCAAUUGGUGAUGAACAACUUGAAAUGUUAAAGAAGAAUGUGAAUAAAGAUGUCGAAAAGCAACUUUGUCAAGCUAAUGAUGGUUAUCAACGAACAAGAAAUGUGAAUAAACUUGCUUCACUCAAUUGUAUUUUUGUUCAUAAUGGUACUUUUUCAACUUUUCGAAAUAAGAAAUUGAUCACUGAUCAACUUACUCCGCUUCAAAUUAAACCCCAUCGAUUAUUGAAAAAUGAAGAACAUAUCGAAUUUUUUUAUCAAAAUCAAAUGAAAACUUCCUCGGCUUAA